ACUUGGGCAGGAAGGAUAUGAGCAUGUAUAUAUCCUCAGUAAGAGUGACUAACAAAUUGAUAGGUAGGUAGAUAGAAGCCGAAUUUUUUGUUGAUAUAAUGGCUCGUCCUCAGCAGAACAAAUGGUCCCUCCAUGGAAUGACAGCUCUUGUCACCGGUGGAACAAGAGGAAUCGGGCACGCUGUGGUGGAGGAACUAGCAGGACUCGGCGCGUCCGUGUACACGUGCACCUUCACUGAAGCCGAGCUUCAAGAAUGCUUGGAGAAGUGGAAGGUCAAGGGAUUACAAGUCACUGGAUCCGUGUGUGAUGUAUCCUCUCGGGCUGACCGGGAAAAAUUGAUGAAAGAUGUAUCCUCCUUCUUCGGUGCUAAGCUCGACAUCCUUGUAAACAAUGCUGGAACAAACGUAUGGAAGGCCACGACCGAGCACACGGCAGAGGAUUUCGCGUUCAUCGUGAGCACCAACCUCGAAUCCGCCUACCACCUGAGCCAACUCGCACAUCCUCUGCUCAAGGCUUCUGGAGCUGGAAACAUCGUGUCUCUGUCGUCUGUUGCCGGGGUUACGUCCGUGAAUGGAUCACUCUAUGGGAUCACCAAAGGAGCCAUAAGUCAGCUGGCUAAGAAUUUGGCUUGUGAAUGGGCAAAGGACGGCAUAAGAGUCAAUGCCGUUGCUCCUUGGUUCAUCUGGACGUCACUUACAGAAGCCUAUCUGAGUGAGGAGAAAUUUAACGAGGCUGUGGUGUCGAGAACCCCACUAGGACGGACAGGACAGCCAGAGGAGGUUGCGGCUUUGGUGGCAUUCUUGUGCAUGCCUGCGUCUUCAUACAUCACCGGCCAGACCAUUUGUAUUGACGGAGGCUUCACUGUCAACGGCUUCUUCUUCCCGCCUCCCGCAUAAAUUAUAUGCAUGCAUACAUCUCUCUCUCUCUCUCUCUCUCUCUCUCUCUCUUUCACUUAAUUUCCAGCAUUAGUUAAUCGCAUCAUGUACAUAUGUCUCCGUGUAGACUAUUUCAAUUUAAUUUCUGGACUUGUUUGGAAUGGGAUUAAUAAACGAUGAAUGUGACUCGACCGGGAUUACAAUUCUUGAUCGGUCGCAUUACUCAA